AUGCGUGUAUGCCUCUUGGAGUUCUUGAUUUCACCCUUUUUAUUUAGUUUCAAUAUUGAUUUGUUUGUGGGUGGUUCUGGCAAAGGUAAUGACAUGAGGACAAAAGGGAAGGGCAAAGCCAAACCAAAGAGAUCUGUCAAAACCAGUGACAAAGCUGAAUUUUCCAACUCUGUUGCUGAUGUGAGUCAGAAUCCAAGCAAUGAUUCAGGUGGUUUAGAGGAACCCGAGAUCAUGAAUUUGCCCCCGAAUCAAAAUGUGAAUGUAAAUAUGGGUGGAUGGGGCGGCUACACUGAAGUUCAAAUGGAAAAAUUACUGCAUGCCAAACUUGAAGUGAUAUAUCUUGAGGCUUUCCAAAACCUGUUGAAUUUUGGGUACCCUGAAGCAGUCGCCAAAAGGGCAAUCUUGAUAAGUGGGCAUUGGUUUGGUAAUAUGAAUAUUAUGACUAAUAUUGUGACCAAUUGCGUUGCUUUUAUUGAUACUGGUAAGUUAAUUGAUAGUAGACUGGCUCUAAAAGGCAAUAAAGGAUUUCAUGAUUUGCAUGAGUUGGUGUUGUACUCGCUACGUGUUAUGGUGAACUUGGUACAAAUAACUCAGCCCAAUAUGCAGAAAUCUGAAGCCAUGCAACAUCUGUUGGCAAUUGAUUUUCAUGGGUGUCCAAUUAGAGCCAUAUUCCCCCCUUACUCGCUUAAUGAAAAUCAGAUUAACAGUACCAUUUCUAUUGAUGGGUCUUCUGGCGAUCUGAAGUCCACUAAGGAGCAAGAAUGUGGCGGUCCUGACUCUUCUUAUAGUGAGGAGAAUGUGAAAUCUGAAAAGAAUGUUGAGGCACCAUCACAGAUUGACAGUGCCAUUUCUGUUGAUGGGUCUUCUGGGGAUCUGAAGUCCACUAAGGAGCAAGAAUGUGGCGGUCCUGUCUCUUCUUAUGGUGAAAAGAAAGCAAAAUCUAAAAAGAAACUUGGGGUGCCAUCGCAGAUUAACAGUACCAUUUCUUUUGAUGGGUCUUCUGGAGAUCUGAAGUCCACUAAGGAGCAAAAUUGUGGCAGUCCUGACUCUUCUUAUGGUGAGAAGAAUGUGAAAUCUGAAAAGAAUGUUGAGGCACCAUCACAGAUUGACAGUACCAUUUCUGUUGAUGGGUCUUCUGGGGAUCUGAAGUCCACUAAGGAGCAAGAAUGUGGGGGUCCUAUCUCUUCUUAUGGUGAGAAGAAAGCAAAAUCUAAAAAGAAACUUGGGGCGCCAUCACAGAUUAACAGUACCAUUUCUUUUGAUGGGUCUUCUGGGGAUCUGAAGUCCACUAAGGAACAAGAAUGUGGCGGUCCCGACUCUUCUUAUGGUGAGAAGAAUGUGAAGUCUGAAAAGAAUGUUGGGGCACCAUCGCAGAUUAACAGUACCAUUUCUGCUGAUGGAUCUUCUGGGGAUCUGAAGUCCACUAAGAAGCAAGAAUGUGGGGGUCCUGUCUCUUCUUAUGUUGAGAAGAAAGCAAAAUCUAAAAAGAAACUUGGGGCGCCGUCACAGAUUAACAGUACCAUUUCUUUUGAUGGGUCUUCUGGGGAUCUGAAGUCCACUAAGGAACAAGAAUGUGGAGGUCCUGACUCUUCUUAUGGUGAGAAGAAUGUGAAAUCUGAAAAGAAUGUUGGGGCACCAUCACAGAUUAACAGUACCAUUUCUGUUGAUGGGUCUUCUGGGGAUCUGAAGUCCACUAAGGAACAAGAAUGUGGAGGUCCUGACUCUUCUUUUGGUGAGAAGAAUGUGAAAUCUGAAAAGAAUGUUGGGGCACCAUCGCAGAUUAACAGUACCAUUUCUGCUGAUGGAUCUUCUGGGGAUCUGAAGUCCACUAAGAAGCAAGAAUGUGGGGGUCCUGUCUCUUCUUAUGUUGAGAAGAAAGCAAAAUCUAAAAAGAAACUUGGGGCGCCGUCACAGAUUAACAGUACCAUUUCUUUUGAUGGGUCUUCUGGGGAUCUGAAGUCCACUAAGGAACAAGAAUGUGGAGGUCCUGACUCUUCUUAUGGUGAGAAGAAUGUGAAAUCUGAAAAGAAUGUUGGGGCACCAUCGCAGAUUAACAGUACCAUUUCUGCCGAUGGAUCUUCUGUGGAUCUGAAGUCCACUAAGAAGCAAGAAUGUGGGGGUCCUGUCUCUUCUUAUGUUGACAAGAAAGCAAAAUCUAAAAAGGCUUCAUCUCAGAUUAACAGUACAAUUUCUUUUGAUGGGUCUUCUGGGGAUCUGAAGUCCACUAAGGAGCAAGAAUGUGGCGGCCCUGACUCAUCUUAUGGUGAGAAGAAUGCGAAAUCUGAAGAGAAUUUUUUUCCACCAUUACCAAGAGAGGUUGGGUUGCUAAAAAGAGUAGAUCUUAUACCAACAUUGACGUCUCAUGUGAGACAGAAAGUUGCUCAGAGUGUAGCUGCUUGUCAUGCAGAGUUGGCGGCUUUAAGAUUAAAAAGACAGGCUUCUGCCAAGUCUUCCUUCAGCAAUGAUUUAUCUGAAGAGCCUGAUUUGGAGGAGGAUGAUUUGCCUGAUUUGGAGGAGGGUGAUUUGCUCCAGCCUGUGGUGGGUUCUGAUGAAACGAAAGAGUUGCUGGAAAGCAACCCCGCUGAUCCGAAGAGUGCUAUGAUAUCAAAUUUGCCUGUGGUGGGUUCUGAUGAAACGGAAGAGUUGCUGGAAAGCAACCCCGCUGAUCUUAAGAGUGCUAUGAUAUCAAAUUUGGUAAAACCAAUUAACGAGCUCGAGAAACAGGUAGAGGAGGAGAAGGAAUGGGCUCAAGAGAAAGUUAUACAUGCACCCAUCACAUGCAUGCAGCCAUCUGCAGGUAAAGACAAGAAGACCAAAAGGAAGGCCAAACCAAAGAGAUCUGUCAAAACCAGUGAGAAAGCUGAAUCCUCAAGCCCUGUUGCUGAUACGAGUCAGAAUCCAAGCAAUGAUUCAGAUGGUUUAGCGGAAUGCGAGAACAUGUAUUCACCCCCGCAUCAAAAUGUGAAUGUAAAUAUGAGUGGCUGGGACGGCUACACUGAAGAUCAAUUGGAAAAAUUACUGUAUGUCAAACUUGAAGCGAUAUAUCUUGAGGCUUUCCAGAACCUGUUGAAUAUUGGGUACGCUGAUGGAGUCGCCAAAAGGGCAAUCUUGAUGAGUGGGCAUUGGUUUGGACCUAUGAAUAUUCUGACUAAUAUUGUGACCAAUUGCAUUGCUUUUAUUGAUACCGGUAGGUUAAUUGAUAGUCGACUGGCCCUAAAAAACAACAAAGGAUUUAUGGAUUUGUUUGAGUUGCUGAUGUACUCGCUACGUGUUAUGGUGAACUUGGUACAAAUAAUUGAGCCCAACUUUCAGAAAUCUGAAGCCAUGCGGCAUUUGUUGGCAACUGAUUUUCAUGCGUGUCCAGCUAGAGCCAUAUUCCCCCCUUCCUCACGUAAUGAAAAUCAGAUUAACAGUACCUUUUCUGCCGACUGGUCUUCUGGGGAUCUGAAGUCCGCUAAGGAGCAAGAAUGUGGCGGUCCUGACUCUUCUUAUGGUGAGAAGAAUGCGAAAUCUGAAAAGAAUGUUGGAGCACCAUCACAGAUUAACAGUACCAUUUCUGUUGAUGAGUCUUCUGGGGAUCUGAAGUCCACUAAGGAGCAAGAAUGUGGCGGUCUUGACUCUUCUGAUGGUGAGAAGAAUGCGAAAUCUGAAAAGAAUCUUGGGGCACUAUCACAGAUUAACAAUACCAUUUCUGUUGUUGGGUCUUCUGGGGAUCUGAAGUCCACUAAGGAGCAACAAUUUGGCAGCCCUGACUCAUCUUAUGGUGAGAAGAAUGCGAAAUCUGAAAAGAAUUUUUUUCCACCAUUACAGAAGGAGGUUGGGUUGCUAAGAAGAGUAGAUCUUAUACCAAUGUUGACGUCUCAUGUGAGACAGAAAGCUGCUCAGAGUGUAGUUACUUUAAGAUUAAAAAGACAGGUUUCUGCCAAGCCGUCCCCCAGCAAUGAUUUAUCUGAAGAGCUUGAUUUGGAGGAGGAUGAUUUGCCUGAUUUGAAGGAGGGUGAUUUGCUCCAGCAUGUGGUGGGUUCUGAUGAAAUGGAAGAGUUGCUGGAAAGCAACUCCGAUGAUCCGAAGAGUGUGAUGAUAUCAAAUUUGGUAAAACAAAUUAAAGAGCUUGAGAAACAGGUGGAGGAGGAGAAGGAAUGGGCUCAAAAGAAAGUUGCACAGGCAGAAAAAAAGGUCAGCCAAGAUCUUGCAGAGCUUAGGAUGCUGAGGAUGGAGAAAGCAAAAAGAGAGCAGCUGAAGAUUGACAACCAAUUAUUCGAGGAGGAAAGCAUAAAGCAGAUCCUGGAGAUGGAGAAAGCUAUAAGAAAGGCUAAUUGUGAUGCUGACCUUGCAAAUGAAGCUGUGAUGAAGCUUGAGACUGUAAAUGCAGAGAUUAGGGCAGACAUCAAAGCUUUAAAUUUGAGUGCAUCAGAGUCAGACAAAGCCUCCCUCGUAGUCUUAAAGAGAGAAAAAAAGAUCAUCAAGAAGCUUGCAGCUUUGGACAGAGAGAAAUGUCAGCUUCAAGAGCAGAUUAAAGAAGAGAAGCAGAAGCAGGUGGAGAUGCGGCAGGAAUUGCUUCGGAUCGAGAAAGCUCAAGAGGAAGCUAAGGGGCAGCAUGCGUAUAAUCUACAAGCGCAAAGGACUCUCUAAUAUAUUCUUCCUGAAGAGUUGUGGUAUCAUUUCAGAUUUCAUGCAUAAAUAUCUGUUAGAG